GUGCGUCUCCAUUCAUUCAUUUCCAGUUCGUUGGUGACCGGCGUUGGUUUGUAAAAAUUUUCACCGGCUUGGUCGUGCAGUUUUGGGAAAAUACAUUUUCUGUGGUAAAAGCAGUGCAAGUUCGUGAAAAAGUUGUUCCGCUGGCAGCUUAGUGUGUGGUGAAGCACGGUAUAGUGAAGUUUCUUCGAUAUUCGGAACUAAUCUAGCGAAAAUGCAAACGGGCAACAUGUCUUACAACACUGACGGCAACGGAAACGGCGGAGGUGAUUCCGGAUUUUUCAUCCGCCUGCGCGGGCUUCCGUGGAACAUCACGGAGGGUGACAUUCGGGACUUUUUGAGCGGAGUCGAAAUCGAUCAGGUGCACAUUUGCAUCAACCAGAUGACCAAGCGUCAGACGGGUGAAGCCUAUCUGCGUAUGCCGACGCUUGAGGACCAGAUAAAGGCGCUGGAUCAGAACAAAGCUACUCUUGGCCAUCGUUACAUCGAAGUGUUCACGGCUUCGGACGACCAGUUCGAUAAGGCCGUGAAUCGAGAGGAGAGCGCUGAAGAUGGUGGACCGGUUCUGAGGAUGCGUGGUUUGCCUUGGUCCUGCACCACGGAAGACGUCAAGCGAUUCUUUUCCGGGUUGACGAUAAAGAAUGGCUAUAAUGGGAUUGUUUUGCUACUGGAUCAGCUGGGACGGGCAUCUGGGGAGGCGAUUGUUGAAUUUGCAACUGAUGCCGAAGCCGAUCAGGCCAUGAGCAAACAGAAAGAGAAGAUUGGGAACAGAUAUAUCGAACUGUUCCGCAGCAGCACUCGCGAGAUGAAGUGGGCCGAGAACCGUUUGCGUCGUAUGAACCCGUAUGGAGGCGUCAGCGGUGGCACUGGCGGUCGUGGCAACGACGACAACAGCCGAGCACGGUACCCACCGGGACAAGGCUACGGACGCGGAUCCGGCGGUGGUGACGAUUACGAUGAUGCUCCGUCUGGCGGUGGCGGCGGUGGCAGCUCCUGGGGGGGCAACCGUGACGGCAAUGGCUACAGUGGCGGUAACAGCUAUAGUACCGGCGGUGGCAACAGCUACAGCACCGGUGGAACCCUGAGCAGCGGCGGUGGCAGCAUGUACUCCGGUGGGUUGGCCAACAAAACGGGCAACAUUGACAUCUUGAGCUUGUUGCAGGAUCAGUUGAAACGUGGCGGAAGCACCAAUUACGGCUCUGCUCGAGGCACCGGUGGUAGCUACAGCAGCGGUGGUGGAGGCUUUGGAGGCAACAGCUACAGCACCAGCUCUGACAACACUGGCUCUGGAGGUUAUGGCAGCUUCCGUUCGAGCAGCGGAGGUGGCCAACUUGGCGGAAGCAACUACAGCAGCUUCGGCAGCACUACCGGUGGUGGCGGUGGCGGAAGCAACUUCUCCAGCAAUGACUUCUUCAGCAGUGGCGAACAGGAUCUGUUCUGCGUGCACCUGCGUGGAAUGCCAUUCAGCUGCGAUGAACAGGAUAUCUAUGACUUCUUCAUGCCACUGAGACCAGUCAAGUGUAACGUCUCGUUUGACUCCAGAGGUCGUCCAUCCGGAGAGGGUGAUGCCUACUUCGACACCAUGGAGGAAGCCAUGAAGGCCAUGAAGAAGCACAAGGAAAAAAUGGGCUCGCGCUAUAUCGAGCUCUUCGCUGGCUCACGAAGACCGCAGAGCAAAUUCAUGGAUUAAAACCAUUUUACUUAAGAUUGCUAGAAGUAGCAAAAAGAGAUUCAGCAUCGCCCGCCCGAUACGGCAACAAGAGUGGAGAAACUCAGCUUCCAAAAUGUAACGUCUAAAGGAAACUAAAACAAGCAUUAAGUUCAACAUUGAUACACAUUCGCUCACACAAAACAUUGAAGAAAACAAAAGUUAGACAGUAAGCGACAGGCUGGUUCCACUAAACUCAAGUCAACCAAUCACCAUGUCCAAACCAGCAGCACUUAACAACUUCAAAUGAAGCUGAACCAUUCUUCAUUUAUUCAUAGGUUUUAAGAUAGGAAAUAUUUUUCAGUUUUUUAUCGUCUGGAGAAAGAACGCAAUUUUUUUUGGAAGCAAACAAAACAUAAGUGUGGUAACUUAUUGGAAAGCGUAAUUGACUCAAUUUACCAGGUCACUAGUUUGUAAUCACUAAACAUAUACCUACAUUGAAUACAUCAGUAUCUAUGCUUCAGGAUCCAAA